AUGGUGUCGGAAGGGGCUUUGCCCGUUGUUUGGUGUAUGCGCGAUAACCAGCUUGUGCCUCACCAAGUAUCCGGUGUUAAGUUACAAGGUGCAGUUACUGGAGCACAUAUAGCUGCUGUUUCGGACUUUUUACGUAUGGUAGCAGGUACACCGAUAAUAUUACAGCCGCCUGCAGUACACAACAAUAUUGAUAAUGAAAUUAGUAAAGAUAAUACAAUUAGACGUCGAAAAAUGUCGAUGCAACUGGAGGUUCCUUGUGUCUUUCUCUCCGAAAGUGCUUUGCAAAAAGCAAAAUGCCGCCAUAAUUCCUUAGAUGAACAGGUAAUAUUUGAAAAUUGUAGUACAUCUAACACAAAAAAUAUUGAUGUAGACCAAUUAUCAAACACCAAAAUAAAAAAUCCUAGAUAUGAGGAUCGACACGGAUCCGAUAAAGACAUGUUUCCCCAAAGAAUAACGAGAAUUAUUGAAUUAAAUGAUACAACAAAUGAAUCUGACAAGGAACCGUUACAAAGAAUAACAAAAAUAAUAGAAUUUGAAAAUGACAAAUUGCUAUCACCAGUGUCAGUAGACGAAGAUAAUGAAGUGCCGCAGAAAAUUACUAGAAUAAUUGAAUUCAAUGAAGAAAAUACGUUUUCUUCAUUAACAAAUAGUAUUGAUGAUCUUACAAGAGAAUGUUCUCAGAAGAUACCUAGGAUAUUAGAGCCGUCUAAGGAAAAUGUUUUUCCAAGUAUGGCUAAAAUUAUAGAAAUGGAGAAUGAAAAGUCAAAUGAAAGGAGAAUAUCAUUAACGAGCGAACGAGAAAUUAGUUGCGGUACCACAGAAAAUUGUACCGAAAAUGAAAUAAUUAGAUCUAAGCCAUUACAAAGAAGUAGAUUUAGUGUUGAUUCUUCAUGCUCCGAAAACUCUUAUGCAAAUAUAGAUACUAUAAAGAGUUUGCAGGAUGUAAGAAAGGAAGAUACUUUAGAAUUUAGUACAAAUACUGAAUCUAUAACAACUUCUAAACCAACGAUUCGAUCGCGUUUCCGUAGGAAAAAAACAUCUGUUUGUUCGAUUGGAUCGUCAGACUGUGAUGACGAAAUAGAUGUAAUUUUUAAAUCUAAACCAAAAUCUAGUCAAUGGGUGAGCUUGGAUUGGAUACCGCCGCCCAUAGAAGAGCCAGUGAUUGCUCAAGUCUGUGAUAAAAAUGAUUUCAUAUCGAAAUGGAUAGCGGAACAAAAUUCUCAAGAUUCAGGCAUCAUACCUGACGAGAGAAGAAAGAGUCUGCCCCCGAAAUCUAACGAAGUAUACAUACAAAAUAUGCGAAGAUUCAGUGAUGGUUUACAGAUCUGUAAAGAAGAUGCGGCUAGUGAUUCUCCUGCUACUGUUAAAUGGAAAUGGCACGAUAUAGUCAAAAGACAUCUACAGCUUCUUAAAAACGACAAAGGCUUCCGACGUCAAAGAGGCAGUUGGAUACGAACGGCCCGUCGACUGUCAGGAACUAAUGACAAUAAGUUUUCGGAACAACUGCCUUUGGAUACCUAUAUGAAACUAAAUACUAUGCCAUGGUAUUUCCGUAAAAUAAAACGGAUCGAAGCGGAGAAGAAACUGCUCCUUCCAGAGAAUGAGCACGGCGCUUUUCUUAUACGUGAUUCUGAAAGUCGACACAAUGACUUCUCAUUAUCAGUUCGUGAUGGUGAUACGGUGAAGCAUUACCGUAUUCGUCAGCUGGAUGAGGGUGGUUUCUUCAUUGCCCGCCGUACAACCUUCAGGACUUUACAAGAGCUCGUGGAACACUACAGCAAGGAUGCUGAUGGCUUAUGCGUUUCCCUCAACAAGCCAUGUGUACAGGUAGAGAAACCGGUUACAGAAGGACUUUCUCAUAGAACGCGAGAUCAAUGGGAGAUAGAUCGCUCGUCCCUGAAGUUUGUUAGGAAACUUGGUCACGGUCAAUUCGGUGAGGUAUGGGAGGGUUUGUGGAACAACACCACGCCGGUAGCCAUAAAGACGCUCAAAUCGGGCACCAUGGAUCCCAAAGAUUUCUUGGCAGAGGCCCAAAUAAUGAAGAAACUGCGGCAUACUAAACUGAUACAACUGUAUGCUGUCUGCACUUUAGAGGAACCUAUUUACAUUAUCACGGAACUGAUGAAGAACGGCUCUCUUCUGGAGUACUUGCAAGGCAAAGGUAGAGGUCUUAAGCUCCAACAGCUUAUAGACAUGGCAGCUCAAAUAGCUGCCGGCAUGGCGUACCUCGAGUCCCAGAACUACAUACACAGAGACUUGGCGGCAAGGAACGUACUGGUCGCUGAACCAAAUGUUGUCAAAAUCGCUGACUUUGGACUCGCAAGACUUAUCAAGGAGGACGAAUAUGAAGCUCGUGUUGGAGCUAGAUUCCCAAUCAAAUGGACAGCGCCAGAAGCGGCCAACUACAGCAAAUUCUCCAUCAAAUCUGAUGUAUGGUCCUUUGGUAUUCUUCUCACCGAGCUGGUCACAUAUGGAAGAAUACCUUAUCCAGGUAUGUCAAACGCGGAGGUUCUUCAUCAAGUGGAGCACGGGUACCGCAUGCCCUGCCCACCGUCCUGCCCCGCGCCGCUAUACGACAUCAUGCUGGAGUGUUGGCACAAGGACGCCCUCAAGAGACCCACCUUCGAGACGCUGCAGUGGAAACUGGAGGACUUCUUCACUAUGGAGAACUCGGAGUACAAGGAGGCCUCCGCCUACUGA